AACGCAACAGUUUACAAAUAAACCUUCUCAAAUCGCCCGCCUUCUGCGCUCUACAUUCUCAUUGGUCGCUGGCGCAGUUGCCACGGCGAUACUGUAGCAACGCCUAUCAGCACUCCUCCCUUUUGUCCAAUUACGGCAGCCGCGUUGGCGUGUGUGAGCGCUGAUUGGCUGACGAGCGCGGCGCAGUUGUCGGUCAGGCGCGCGAUGUAAAGGCGCUCAGCUCCGCGCGUUUAUUUGUGAUUGUUUUGUCUGCUCUGAGUAAACAACAACAACAACAGCCAACGGUCGCUCAUCCGCGGACUCUGACGCACAGACACGGUGCUUCGGAUGAUGGUUCUGGACGGGUUCGGCGGCGGGAGGAGCCUCGGCGCGGCGGCGGCGCGGGGGGAUGUGGAGGCGCUGCGGCGGCUGCUGCAGGAUCACCGGCUCGAUCCGGACGCGCUCAACGAGUUCGGGAAGACCGCGCUGCAGGUGAUGAUGAUGGGCUGCACCAGUGUGGCGCGUGUGCUGCUGGACCACGGCGCUGACCCGAGCGUCCAGGACCGCUGCGGCGUGACCCCUGCGCAUGACGCGGCCCGCACCGGGUUCCUGGACACGCUGAGCGUUCUGGUGGACCACGGCGCCUCGGUCAACGUCCCCGACCACAGCGGAGCCCUGCCCCUCCACAUCGCCAUCCGCGAGGGCCACGGGGACGUGGUGGAGUACCUGGCCCCGCUCUCGGACCUGGGGCACCGGGACAGCCGCGGGGCCGACGCUCUGGAUGUGGCCCGGGACGCUCGCGCUGCGGAGAUGCUGGCGCUUUUGGAGCGCGUGACAGCAGCCAGCUCCAGCUGAAGAACUGUGCGGCCCGGUUCCCCUCGGCGCUCGUCGGCGGGUUGUAUUUAUAUGAAUAAGUUGGAUGUUGAGAUGCAUGUGUCGAUAGUUGGUUAUUGAGCUCACAAUAUUAGCUGGAAUAUGUGGCUCCGGAUCCGGACACGUGUAAAUAACCCUUUCUUUGGUAUUUUACAAAACAUUUCUCUGCAGAAACCUGAACUGUUAACAGUUUUAUUCUUGUGAAAUUAUUUCACGGAUGAAUUCUCGCUUUUGUUUUGCGGAUUAAGGUCUGUAAAUAAGAUUUAAUGAGUUUAUUUGACUUAUUUAUUGAAGAUUUGUAUAUGAACGUUUAUGCUUGCUGUGGUGUUUCAGAUGUUAUUUAUGAAGGUGUGUAAUAAACUGAGAUCAGUUGGUCAGAAUCAGAUGCGGAGGUGUCUUCCAGCAGAUGACCCUCUGGACACACAACACUCGCCACGCAUCUUCUGUUUCAGCAGCAGACGUCCUUCCCGUGAUGAGCCUCGGCUGCUGAAGUUACACCACACACUGAACAAACUGGUAUAUUAUCACGAACGUCAGGCCUACAGUUCCUCCAGGGGCUGACCCGAGCAGGACUGCGUGCCACGACAAGCCAAACAUUGUGCUUUGAACAGAAACACUGCUUUUCUGGGUGUUUUUCGACUCCGAGAGACGAGUGUUUGCUCGGGCCCCGCAGGAUCCAGCAGCUGCGUGUCCUUCGUCGUCUUCAUCAGUGAGUCUCUGUAGUGUGGCACUCUGGACUCAUCUGACCGCUGUUAUACACAGCACAAGUGUGUUUGAGAUCGCUGGACACGGUCCACAUACAUCCUCAGAGCCUUCACUCGAUCAUAUCAUCUCAACACACACACAUCAAAUAUUCAUAAAGUUUGAUCCUUUGUCGAGUACGUAUUGCACAUUCAGGUUCCCAUAUAAAUGAGAAUGUGUACACACACAUGCUUGGCUUCUGACGGUUAAAGGAGAGUAAACAUGUUAAAAUUAAGUGUUAUUUAAAGUGUUAUUAAACUGGGAGAUCUGUAAGUGUUUAAUGUGUUAUUUAGACCAUUAAGACUUUACUUCAGAGGUAAUGUGUGCACGCGUCAGCAGACAGUCUU